CUCCUCCUCUCUCCUCUCGCUUCCAUCCAGACCUUGAGGCUUGAAGAUCUAAAAACAAAAAGCAGAAAAAUCAUAAAAUCAAUCAGAAAAAGAGGAAAUCCACAAAAAUCAUCAUCAUCAGGAAGAGAGGAUUUGACAAAAAGAAGAAGAAAAAUCGAAUUGAUUUCGUUUUUUUUUUUCACGAAUAAGAAACGAGAUUUCUUCCAUUUUCUUCCAUGGAUUCCGAUCUCUGGUCAUCUCGUCUUGCUGCAGCAAAACGACACUAUUCUCUCCAGCACCAUCAAAAUCCCCAAUCAGAUCGGUUAAGCUUCGAGGAUUUCGAGGUGGAAGAAGAGGUCCGGCCCGAUUUCCCUUGCCCUUAUUGCUACGAAGAUCACGACAUGGCCUCUCUCUGCUCACAUCUUGAAGACGAGCAUUCAUUCGAAUCAAAAGUCGCUGUUUGCCCCAUUUGCUCUGUUAAGGUUGCACGGGACAUGCUGAGUCAUAUCACCCUGCAACAUGGUCACUUGUUCAAAUUGCAGAGGCGGCGGAGGUUACGCAGAGUCGCUAUUCCCAACAGUCAGUCACUUUCUCUACUAGGCAGGGACCUCCGUGAGGCCCACUUGCAGGUCCUCUUGGGAGGUGGCGGAUAUCGGUCAAGCAGCACUAACACAUCAAAUGCAGUCACUGAUUCGUUCCUUUCAUCUCUUGUGUUGAAUUUCCCUGCAUCUGAAGCAGAAGAAAUUUCGAAAUCUGCCGCUUCCAGUGCCGAGGAUACUUCCAUAAAGAAACCAACAUCAACACAGACUUGGAAAUCAAGUUUUGACUCUUCAUUGAGUAAUGAGGAGAGGGAAAAAAAGAUGAGACAAGCUACCGUGAGAGCCAAGUUCAUGCAGGAUCUUAUGCUCUCCACUCUGUUUGGCGACUAGCUGGAGUGGGCCCACGUGAGUCAGAUGGUAAAAGACCUUCUUCGUGAUUCCAAUUGCUGAUAAAAGGAGGUGAUGCCUGGAUUACUUUUAGUUGGGCAACACGGGCAGCCCACCUCACACCUUAUUUGGAUGUUUCUCUUGAGGCAGUCUCGUUGGGGCAUCCAUCCUGCUGUCUCUUAGAAAGGAGAUGUAUUUCCAAUGAAGUAGAUGGUCCAUGACUAUUCUGUGUUUGACUGUCUUAAUCGUAAUCUCGCUCUCAUAAAUUCACCUAUUCUAUACUUGGAUAUUUCCAUGCCUAAUUUGUUUACUAGUUUAAAAUGCAGUUAUUUUGAACUUAUAAGAUGGUCUGAUCUUGCAGCAUCCGGAUCAGUGCUGAUA